AUGAUUUUAGGUUUGCCUGCCAAUAUUUUCAUACUUUAUAUUUUCUUCAAGAAGGCUCGAAGAAGAUUGACUCCCAACCUUAUCUACAUGAUAAACCUAUGUAUCUCUGACUUGAUGUUUUUGAUGGUUUUGCCCAUGAAAAUAAAAGAGACUUUUCACUCUGGCUGGACACUUCCUGCCAUUCUAUGUCCACUCUUCAAUUUCUUCCACUUUACCACCAUCUAUGCCAGUGUUUGCUUCCUGAGUGCUGUAAGUGUUGGCCGCUACUUGAGUACCGCUUUCCCUAUCAAGUACAAGAUUUACAAGAAGCCUCGAUACUCUUGCCUUAUCUGUUUAUGCUUAUGGGCAAUUGUCAUUGGUCAUGUUGUCUUCGUGUUUUUAAUAGAAACCACACAAAAUGGAAGUCUGGAAUUUUUUCUCAUGAAUGACGAAGGCAAGAAGCUCUGCUACGAUAAUUUCACGGAGAAACAGUUGUCUGUGAUCAUUCCUGUAAGAUUGGAGAUGUCCAUUGUUUUGUUUUUCUUGCCGUUGAGUAUUACAACAUUCUGUUAUGCAUCUUGUAUACGAAUUCUCAUGAGGUCUUGCAUGCAUGCCAAACACAAGAAGAAAGCAGUCCGCGUUGCAGUAACCACCUGGACAGUCUUCAUUGUGUGUUUUGCCCCAUACAAUAUUUCACACGUGGUAGGAUUUGUAAAAAAUGAGAGUGUUGAAUGGAGAAGAUUAGCUCUCCUUCCCAGCACGUGCAACGCAUUUAUCGAUCCUCUCAUCUUCUACUUUUUGUCUUCUUCUGUGGAUCAAGGCUUCUACAAAGUUUGGAAGACGUUGCAGUUUAAGUACAAUGUUUCAAAGCGGAAACUUUCAUCUGUGUUCAUGAAGGAACAGAAGGACAAUUCCAGAGUAUGUUCUGUAAAAACGAUUUCAGCGACAAUAUGA